GUUUUCAGUUUACACAUAUUUGUAAUUGGAAAAUCCCUUUAAAAUUCAAAGUCUGAUGCAACAAAAAAAAAUAUAUUCGUUGUAUAUAAAAUAUAGACAUCUCUGUUAUAUGUUUUUGGAGUUCACUUUAAACGGAAUGGAGUUUCUCAGAGGAAAAAAACGUACGUUGUCCCCUGACCCACCAGAGGAACCACUGCGGAAGGUAAUUCGCCGUGGAAGCGUGCAAGAAUCAGCAAGAGGAAAUGCCAUAAACAGACAGAGGAAACGUGGUAUAGACAGACAUGAUGGAGCAAGAGGGGGAACACGCGGUCGAAAGAUGCCAAAGCAAAAUGGGACCAGAAGGCACGGCCGUGCAAGACGUACAAGAGGUAGAGUGGACCGACUCAACAAUUUCAUGUCUUGGCCUAACUGUAUUGGCAACGAGUGUUUGAAUCGUUCUUAUGUGUCCAAAAUAUGUCCGUCAGAGUUAAAACUAGAAAAUAUUAAAAUAGCAUAUUCUCCUAAAGCUUUGAUCUUGUUUUAAAGUAAUUCAUGGUUCUUCUGAAGAUUAUUCAGUUCGUUUUGACUGCCGCUAUGGGCAUAGUAAAUUAUUGAAUAUGCAUAAAGUAGGAAAUCUAAAAAUGUCUUUCCUGAAACUGCCAGCUCAGUUUUCAAAGAAUUUCAUUGGAGUAGUUUUCUGAGUUACUUUCUACCAAAACUGUUAACGUUAUCUCGAAUCGUCAAAAACGUGGCCAUCGGUUUCCCUAGUGUAGAUACUGGCAACUGUAACAAAUCUUCUAUCAAAAACUUUAGCUUAGAUUUAGAAAUAAGGCAUACAAAUUGUUUGUUUCCGGUAUUCCGACCUACCCUAAAUUGUUUGCUCGUCCCUAAAUGUUUGUAUGGCCUUAGAGAAUAUUUUGUUCAACUUUUUAACAUAAAGUUGCAAAAUUGCACUUUUUAUGCUUUAAACAUGGUCAGUGAUGUUAGAAAUCAACUUACUGAUGCUCUAAAGGCAUAAUCCCCUUAUUUGUAUUCAUUUUUUGACUCAGAAAUAAUUUCCGAAAAGUCUCACUUAAAAAAAUUAAAAAAGUGAAAAAUCCGACCUACCUACCAAAUUUUUUUUAGCAUGUUGCUGGAAAGAUUUUUUAGGCCUAAUGUACAAACAUUUUCCUUGUUUACCGGCUACAAAGAUUGUUCAAAGAUCUUCAAAAACUUCAUCUUCUCAUAAACAACUAGUCUGAUUUUGAUUUCAAAAAUCUGUUCUUUGUGUAGGGUUACUAAAAUUGCUAGAUGCAACAACAACAUAAUGGUUGUCAGACAUUGGUCUAGUGUUCCCUAUAGGCUGUAUGGAAAAUCUUCUUCUCUGAAUCUUCAGGCCAGUAGUUAUUUGUUAGAAGUGUUUCUUAUAAUACUAACAUUUUCCGUCCUUAAAUCUCAUAUAAGUUGAAUCAAUUAAAACCUGUUUUGAGGUGUUAUUUCCAGACCUUUAUAUAUUAAACCACCAGUAAAAUUACUGGCAAUGCUGAGACCCCCUUAAACAAAUGUUGUUGUUUUUUAAUCGAUUUACUCAUUUCGGUUCCCAAAGGGCUGAGAACUUUUUCAAUGCCCGCGAAGUCUUUUUAAUAUAAGUGAGAGUUAGUUUGUCCACCUCUUUGCAGAAGUUUAUCAUUAAAUGUUUUGUUUACUUCUUUCUUUCUGUCUAUUCUUGCUUCACGUUGUUUUUCAACUUUUCAGUUAGUUAACCUGUGUCCUUGAUUCUAUACCAGUACUGACCAUCUUCGCCAACAUUAAAUUGCCCCUAUUGGAUGUAGGCACGUAAUGAGUGUACAAUAUACUGACUAAAGGUUAGGGUUAGGUUUAACAUAGGUUUAAUAGUGUACAUUCAAUGCGUGCGUACACUCAAUGCGGGAGAAGAUCGUACAAUCUUGUUCAGAGUAAGAGGUGGAGGACGGAUGAUUUCAGACAAAGUGUCUGCUAUAAAAUCGUUUCACAGAGAACAUACACCUCGCCAAGAGCUCGCAUUCACGAUACCACGAUCAACUGCUGGUGGGCAUUUGAGUAACAGGCAUUUUCAAAGAUUGUUUUGAUGUUGUUGUUGUUGUU